GCCGACCGGACGGUCGGCCGCGCUGCUUGUCGCGCCCGAGCCCUGUGGUGGGCGGGCAGCUCUCGCGGCAGCACAUCCCGCACAUCAUGGCGCGCGGGACGGCCACGCGCGCCGUGCCCCCGUGCACCACGCCGGCGCGCGCCGAGCUGCGGCUGGCGGCCGCGCCGCCGCCCGCCGCUGCUGAGGUCGCGGCCGAUGACGGCGACACGGUCUGGGCGCGGCUGGACGAGAUUGGGCAGGUCUACCUGCCGCCCCUCACCACCGCGCUUCUCACCUCGAGCUGGCUCGAUCACGAGCGGCCGGCCGCGGCGGCGGAGAUGGUGGAGCGUACGCCGCCGCGGGCGGCCAACGCGGACGACGCGCCGGGGACGCAGCCGUUCUGCAGCUUGGAGGAACCGGGCGACGCGGGCGCCGUAGAGGAGGGAAGGAGGACUACCUAGAGGACUACUAGUGUGGAAGCCUUGAAGCCACUCCACUCUGAUCUCUGUCAUCCCCCGAUCCUCUCCGCCGCAUGCCAACACGCAACAGUCGAUUGUGCGUUUUCGUGUGGGGAGCCUGACUGUUUUUAAUGGAGGGACCAGUGUGGCAUCUCUUGUGCGACUCACAUACACAUUGUUCAUUGUACACAGUGCUAUGAUAUGAC